AAAAUGAUUAUUACCGCUCUUUUAUCUUUCGGAAUGAUGUGGUUCGGUGCGCCUUUAGAGGCCUCGAGAGAUAACGUUAGGGAUCUGAUUAUAGAAAGCCAUGUAUGCACGAAACACACAUGGACGCGUUUAAAAUCAACUCCAGCUCAGAGCAAAUCACCCCUGACUGAUGCGAGACAUGCGGUUACAUGUUUAGAAGGGGUUGAAUUAAGGAAGCUCGACUGAAUGAAAGGAUUAGGUGUGUUAGAUGAGCAUUGUUGGUGCGCGAGCGCGAAGAGCAGCGCGCUGGGAUGCAUGUCUCGUGCGUGAAAAGACAUUGCUGCCCCAUGAUAGAGACUUGUGUGACACUUGGUCCAAACUGACGUCUCAUCUGCACAUCUCGCCUGUCUCUCAAGCGCUGUCCACCACCAUGUCACACAUACCCGGCAGCUCGGUCCGGGACCACAUGAAAUGGGCAGGGCUGUUGGGAUGUGAAGCGGUGCUGUCCAGCAUGGCUCUGAUGCAGGCCAGUUCCAUCGCUGCUCCUAAGAAAAUGAUGUCGCCGUUGGGUCCGGCUUCAGGCCACGGUUCAGCCCAGAGGGAUGCACAGGACCGAGGGAUGCAAGGACACAUGGUCUUACCAACGAGCAUGACCUGCCCUCCGCUGCUUCUGCGGAAGGAGGCUGAUUUUACAGCUUCCCGACUGCUGGAUGAGAAGGAAGUGAGACCCAAUGAAGACAUGCAGCUGAAGAAAAAGAACAGGAAGUCAGGAACUCCCUCAAAAGUGAGAGAGCAGGAGGGGCAAGCAGGGAAGGCGGUUGUGGAUGAAAAUGGAAAUUGUCCACUUUCAAAAGUCCAGAAGAACUUUAUCUGUGACCACUGUUACGGAGCCUUCAGGAGUGGAUACCACCUGAAGAGACACAUUCUCAUUCAUACUGGAGAAAAGCCGUUUGCUUGUGCAGUGUGUGACAUGAGAUUUAUUCAGCGUUACCACCUGGAGCGACACAGCCUCACUCACACUGGGGUGAAGCCGUUUGCUUGUUCCAUGUGUGACAUGCGGUUUUUCCAACGUUACCACUUGGAGAGGCACAGCCUCACUCAUACUGGGGUCAAACCAUAUGCUUGCACCAUGUGUGACAUGAGAUUUUUCCAAAGAUACCACCUUCAGCGACACAGCCUCAUUCAUACGGGGGUGAAGCCGUAUGCUUGCUCCAUGUGUGACAGGCGUUUUUUCCAACGUUACCACCUGCAGAGACACAGCCUCACACAUACGGGAGUGAAGCCGUAUGCUUGUUCCAUGUGUGACAUGAGGUUUUUUCAGCGUUACCACCUGCAGAGACACAGCCUAACCCAUACGGGGGUGAAGCCAUUUGCUUGCACAAUGUGUGACAUGAGGUUUUUCCAACGCUACCAUCUCCAGAGACACACCAUCACCCAUACGGGGGUGAAGCCGUAUGCUUGUUCCAUGUGUGACAUGCGUUUUUUCCACCGUUACCAUCUGCAGAGACACAGCCUCACUCAUACGGGGGUGAAGCCUUAUGCUUGCACCAUGUGUGACAUGCGUUUUUUCCAGCGUUACCAUCUACAGAGACACAGCCUCACCCAUACGGGGGUGAAGCCGUAUGCUUGCUCGAUGUGUGACAUGAGGUUUUUUCAGCGUUACCACCUGCAGAGACACAGCCUCACUCAUACGGGGGUGAAGCCGUAUGCUUGCUCGAUGUGUGACAUGCGGUUUUUCCAACGUUACCACUUGGAAAGACACAGCCUGACUCAUACUGGAGAGAAGCCUUUUGCUUGUGACAUGUGUGACAUGCGGUUCAUUCAGAGGUACCAUCUGGAGAGACACAAGCGUGUUCACAGUGGUGAAAAGCCUUACCAGUGUGAGCGCUGCCAGCAGAACUUCUCCCGGACAGACAGACUGUUGAGACACCGGCGAUUGUGUCAGGGUCGUGGCGUGGCAAAAGUCGAGGCCCAGCCGUGCUCUUUCACCCAGGAGCCUCCCGCAGCGCCUCCGUCCACGUGGAGUCCUCUACAUCCCGCCCCGGGCCGACUCGCUGUCUGACACCAUACUCUUUAGACGACAGCACACCCAGACCUCUCUCAGGGCCACUGGCACUGUGGCCCCACCUGCUGACAGAGAGAUGCGUUACAGACAGGAUGAGGGGAAAUUCUCCUCUUUUGUUUCUUAAUUUAGAAACAAACAAGGUUCUCUUUUGAUCAUCGAGGGUUGUUUUAUACUUUUUGGUAAUAUAUUAUGGGGUACUUUUAAGAGGCGAGGAACAAAAAACACACCUAACAUGGGAAUUUCAUGUUACUAACCAAAAAAAAAAACAUACAAAAGGUACAACCCAUCAUCUAUUGACUGACACUUAUUGAUACACACUUCAUGUAAGAUGUAACAGCACUGUGUGAUUAAAAUCAGCAUCAUGUGAUGUAUAGGCCUGCUGUAAAGUGCUAAGGGUUAGUACCCUACUGUCCUGAGGACUCAGGUAAUGUCCUACUACCAUCGCGAGAUCUGUUUGUAACACUGUACCCAUAUGUCACCAUAUGGAUAUGCGCAGUGUUUCCAUAUAUUAAUUCAUUAAGCAUUCACAGGCUUUUUCUCAAUGAUAAAUGUUUGAUCUUAUAUUGUAACUGUGUAUGAAUUUGAAAGAUGUGUAUAUUGCUAUGUGUAACAGCUGGUUUGUUCUCGGUCAUUGCCAUGAGCUGGUGGAAAUGACACCACCAGUUGAGUUCUGCUCACUGGAAGUGUCCCCUUCUCUGACUUCACUCACUUAAUGACUGGGUGAAUCUCACAAGAGCUGUCAAGGCCAUGCUUUGGGUGUCAUUGGUCCUCACAAUCUGAAAUUUUGCAUUAAGAAAAUGAGGUCUAUUUUAUGCCGUUGAGUUUUUCAUUGUUACAGUAUUUUUAUGUACCUUUAGCCAACUUCAUUGAUAUUCUUAUUACCAUAUUGAAAAAAUAGUGUUUUGGAUAUACAUUAAAAUAAUAUAUUUAAUUUUGUUGUACUGGCUUUAUUUAGGCAAUGGGAAUCAUCAUGCUUGCAUUACUUAAUGAUAAUUGAAGGAGUAAAAUAUGACAAAAUAUCAGUGCCUAAAAUCAGGCUUCAUUUUCUGUAUGCUAAAUGUUUUUUUUGAUUUUUCCUGAUUUUUGAGUGAUAUAUGGCUGAGAUGUUUUUGUGAGAUACAUUCAAGUAUUGGCUCCACUGUUAAUGCAUCUACAUGGUAAAUUACACAAUGAAAAUGUCCAAAAGCCCCACAGUUUAGUGUACAGAUUUAUAUGUGCAACAUAUUAUAAGAUAUUGUGGCUUUUUUUUUAUUUUAUACACAACAAUAGUUAUAUACAUAUUAUUUUACUGAAACAUUGACAAGAGGACAGAUAGUCUGCCUGUUUUCUUUCCAAAGUCAUUUUUAACAUUAUAUUGCCUUGUGUUGAAAUAUCUAUUGAUAUAGAUUUGUUGUUCUGUUGUAAGACUCCGUUGUAGUAUCUGAGAUGGGAGUUUUAAAGUGGAGGUUUCCAGUGUGAUAUAGCAGUGUUGUCUUAUGCAUAGGUUUACUUUCAUGUGAAUCUGCAUAUGCAAUGCCUUCAGUACAUGUGGGCCAAUAACAGAUGACAAGGGCAGAGAUCUGAAGUUAUUGUUGCACCAAAUGAUAUUGUAUUUUUCAGUUUAUUAACUUCUCAUUCUAUUGUUAACAUGAUAUCUACUGUUUGACGAGAGUAUCGUCUGUAUUUUUUAAGUGCUGAUGGACAGUUAGGGAUUUAAUUGGGCAUUUCCUUGCAUCAGAAUGCUUUCUGGUGUUAGUAUCUGGCAACUACAAAUAGAAUAUAUCUUUAGAGGGAUGUCUGCUGUUUAUUGACAAAAGAUUGCUGCAUUUCUAUGUAAUGACUGAAUAUUUUUCUUUGUAAUGUUACAUGUUUAUAUGCUGUAACUGAAUUGGUUAAAACUUUUAGUUCUUUAGCAACAAGCUUUGUGUAUUUUAAGUACCUUUUAUGCUAAUAUAAUUUUAAAACACUGGAGAGAAAUGUGUGAAAUGAUCAUCUAUCUAUAUACAGUUGAAUAUACAUUGCGUAUACAUACACACACACACACACACACACACACAUAAUUGGUCUGUAAUUACUAAUCAAAAUAUCUCUCCAAAGUGUUGGGAACAUUAUUUCAGUGUGCAAACUUGGAUAUCCGAAUUAAAAAUAAAGAAGCAAUAGAAGAUUUAAAUGAUUUUAGGUAUUUACUUGGACAGAUAAAGAGAUCAUCAGUAGUAGUUAACAAAGCAUCCCUUUUUUUCGUGCAUGAUGUUGCAGACACUGAUGUAACAACUUCACUGAAUUCCUUCUCUUCAGCUGAAGGUGUUUUCCAAAAAAAAACUUAUGAUGGAAAAUGAAACACAUUUUGUUAAUUGUUCAGACACUUCAGUAACAUUUAUUGUUUUUUGUGAGGAGACAAGAGAGGUGUUUCCUUUAUGCAUAAAUAAAAUACUAAAUAAAAUGUGUGGUUUUCA